AAAUUGGGCCUUAGAAAAAGGGGGGCCUUGUGCAAUGACCCAAGCUGCCCAAUGCUUGGGCCGACCCUGAGCUCGUCAUAAAAAUAAGAACAUUGCUAUAAGGCACAUAUAAUGUCUAACACCACGAUAAAAUAUUUCUUUAUAAUCGGUCAACAAUUUUCUAUAAUAUUUAUGAAAAUAAAAUAAAUAGGAUCCACUAUUAAGUUGUAGCAAUAGCGAGAGUAUUAAAUACCAUAGGUGCUUUUUAGCAUAGUAGGGACGAAAAUAACAUUUCCAUAUGUAAUUUUAUAUAUAAAAGGAGUAUUGACUUGUAUUGAUCACCACAUUACCUACCUUCUUACAUAACUCAUUACAUGCUUAAGUUGAGUUUAACCUAAAUCUUUUCACAAACUUUUUAUCUAUUUCUUCACUCAAUUCAUGGAAUCAAACGACAAAAAAUAUAUAGAAGAGCUUCCUCAUGAAAUCUUCUUCAACAUACUAUCAAGAUUACCCUUACAAUCUCUUAUGCAAUGUAAGUUAGUCUCUAAACAUUACUACACUUCAAUAAAACAUCCUUUAGCAAUUUCAAUGCAUCUUUCUCAACCCAAAAAUAAUCACCUCUUAUGCUUUUGUGACUAUCCCAAAUCACUUGAUGUCGUUUACUUAAACCCUAGCCAUGAAAACGACAAUAAUAUGUUAUUGACUAUUACUAGUAAGCCCAUACUUCCAUUUGAGUCCACUCAUUUUGAUUUUGAUGUUGUGGGUUCAUGUAAUGGACUUGUUUGUUUAUACAACCGUUUAAAUAACAAUAAUCCACUUUUCAUAUACAACCCUUUUACCAAAGAAUAUAGAGAAUUGCCCCAUUUGGUAUAUCUUCCAAAUUUGGUUGUUUUAAGGGUAGUUUUGGGAUUUGGAUUUCAUCCAAGGACUAAGACUUAUAAGGCUAUUGAAAUAGUGUAUUAUAUGGAGGGAAACAACUUAUAUUUGGGAACUAUUAAAGAGACUAAAGUUUAUGUUUUUAAUUUGGGUGAGGAUUGUCAAUGGAGAUGUAUUGAUCAAAAGCCUCAUAAGAUUAUUACUUGUCCAUCUUCUGAUGUUUUAGUCAAUGGAAAUCUUCAUUGGCUAACAAUGAGGUAUCAAACACAUCUAGUUGACAUUGUAUCUUUUGACUUGGAUAAAGAGGAAUUUCAUGUCAUACCACAACCUGUCGAUUUCGGUUUGAACAAGUCUCUCACCCAUCUUGUGACGUUGAAUGAUCGCCUUUCGGCUGUUGUUUCGUCUAAGUUUGGGGAACAUGAGAUUUGGGUUUUGAAGGAUUAUAAUAAGAAGGAAUCUUGGAGUAAAGAAAUUGUCAUUCCUGAUUAUGUUCCAAUGGGAUUCAGAAUGGAUAGUGCUCCUCCAACAAGAAUUAGGUUCAAUGGGAGUAGGAACAAAGCUUUUCGAGUUUUGUGUAAUUUACAAGGUGGUGAGGAAAUUUUGUUUUCGUAUAGAGAUCGAUGUUUGGUAUCAUACAAUCCCAAUCAUCAAGAGUUCAAGGAUUUUAGGACUGAAGGACUUCCUAUUGAGUUUGAGAUAAUUGUUCAUACAGGUAGUCUCAUACCUGUUGAUGCAGCUUUUGCCAAUAAUUCAGCAACACCAUCAUCAACUCUCAAUGUAUGAAUAAAUUAUAAUUCGAACUUAUUAUGUAAUGUCUUUGUUUGACUAAGCUUCUACUACUGUAAGCUCUCUCUAUAAGAGUGUUCGGAUAAAAAAUAAAAAAAGUUCUUUUCGUUGUUCGGUUGGAGUCUCUAUUUGGUGUUAUUUUAGUUUAGACAUACAAGCUUAGAUGGUGUUAAAGUCUAUGUCAUCUCAACACUAUGAUACAUUAAUCUGUGAUUAGUAAAAUCUAAUUCAGACCUCAUACAAAUCUAAUUUAACAUAUUGAAGUAAGUGAUUGUCAAGUGAUUUCUCUUACAUACAAUUUGAUAGUACUAUAUAUAUAUGUAUAUAUUCCUUUUAAAAGAGCUUUAUCUUACAGAUUCAGAUGAUGACUAGCUUCUUUUUCUUCUCUAUUUUCCUCCCCAAGCUAAUCAACAACAACUGCAUUUUGUUCCUGAAAAAACAAAUAAAAACAUGUUUUUGCUAACAGUAUUUCGCCCAAUCGAAUUCACUUUCCUCUUACAUGUCAUGGCAGCACGAGUGAAUCUUAAAGCACAACACCGAAAUGUGCUCAAAAUUCGAUUAACCAUUCAUCAACCGCGCACCUGUUAUUGCCCAUGAGAAAAGAAGCAGCUAACUGGUUACCUUCCUUUGUGAUUUGGACACCAAAUCGAUGAGAUUAUGGUAUGUCCAUGUCUUUUCUUCUCUAAAUUCGGGUUCAAGAGAAGCGUAGACAGUUUCACAGCUUUUAAGAAAAUGCCCUUUUCCAAAUGCAGUAAGAAC